AACUUUACACAUGUGAAAACCAUAUUGUCUUGUAAUUGUGUAUGAAUUUUUUUAUGAUCCAUCAACCAAUUUGCUUUCUCCUGUUUGUGUGUUUGAGCUUAGUGGAGACCCUAGAGUUUGCUUAUUCCGCCAUGGAAAACACUUCUAUAAAAACCACAUUUACUUGAGCUUUUCAUAUGAGUUCAACUACAUAGAGCUGAAGAACACAAGAAGAGAAGGAGAAAAGGGUUUUGAAAUGGAGGGUUUUGACAGGCUUUUUGGAUUGGCUAAGCCUUAUUUGGUGGUCGUUUUUGUGCAGUUUGGUUAUGCUGGAAUGACGAUUCUUGCUAAGUCUGCCUUGGACAAAGGGAUGAGCCCACAUGUUUUCGUCGUUUAUCGUCAUGCCGUUGCUACUCUUGUCAUUGCUCCUUUUGCCCUUAUCUUUGACAGGAAGGCGAGGACGAAGAUGACUUUUUCGAUACUAUGGAAGAUUGUGUUGUUGGGUUUAUUGGAGCCGGUGAUCGAUCAGAACUUAUACUUUACGGGUAUGAAGCUCACAACAGCAACGUUUACAGCAGCCAUGUGCAAUAUUCUACCAGCUUUCUCUUUCCUCAUGGCUUGGGCUUGCAGGCUUGAGAAAGUGAAUAUUUUGAAAAGGGGAAGCCAAGCAAAGAUCAUAGGAACCAUAGUGACAGUUGGAGGUGCCAUGAUUAUGACCUUCAUAAGAGGGCCAAUGUUGAAUCUGCCAUGGACAAAUGCCAACCAGCCCUCAGCUUCUUCAGGUGGUUCUGCUAAUCACCAAAGCCCACUCAAGGGCUCACUCAUGAUAGCAACUGGCUGCAUUUGUUGGUCAGCUUUCAUCACUCUUCAGGCGAUUACAUUGAAAGAAUACCCGGUGGAGUUGUCGCUUACUGCAUUGAUAUGCUUGGUGGGCACCAUUGGAGGGUCAGGGGUGGCUUUGAUCAUGGAGAGCGGGAACCUUGGUGCUUGGGUUUUGCACUUAGACAGUCAGCUUCUGGCUGUUGUUUAUUCUGGAGUAAUAUGUACAGGGGUAACUUACUAUAUUCAAGGAGUAGUGAUGCAAACAAAAGGGCCUGUUUUUGUGACAGCAUUCAGUCCUUUGAGCAUGAUUCUUGUUGCAAUCAUGAGCUCCUUCAUCUUGGCUGAGAUAAUGUUCUUGGGCAGGAUUCUUGGAGCUGUGGCCAUUAUCAGUGGCUUGUACUUGGUUUUGUGGGGAAAAAGCAAAGAUCAAACUUCAGUUGAUUCAGAGUGUGAUAAGAUAACACCUUGUGAGCAACAAAUGACUAGAAAUGGUGAAGAAUUUGUGGUGGUUAAUGUUGUCAAAGAGGACACAAAUUGAUUAACUCUAAACAACAUGGUUGGAGUAUCCUUCAUUUUCAUUUCAACUUAAGUGUAUUUGUGAGUUUUUGCAUUCAUGGAAGGCCAUAUAAAAAGUUAUGGUUUUUGUUGGAACCAAACUUCUGCGAAUCUACAAAUUUUCCCAUUAAUCUAUGUUGUUGAGACAUAAUUUCGAUGA